CUUCCGGACUCUGCACUUGUGCUCCAACUUAUCUGUAACACUACCAGUGCCCAACGACAAUAACAGCCCAUCAGAACAACAAAUGCUUUGUGAUACCAAUCCUUCGACGCGCGAAAAAUCGAUACAUCAGCAGUUUGACAUCGACGAAAGCACGAUGAGCGACAUCAACAGUUGCCGGUGAAUGUUUCUGCUCGUUCCCACGCAGGCCGAUCAUAAACACCUUCAUUGGCCCAAUGAACCAUCCUCGAGUCCGAAAUCAUCCUUAAACGCCCGGCACAUCUAGUCGUCCUGAAAUCGACUACAGAGUCUCAGGCACUGCUUCCGCUCGAACCGCCUCUCGUUUCAUGAGUGUGUACAGUGCACCUCAUCCGGACAAAGUAACCCUGGUGGGACGACUUUACGCUCCAUGGCCUGCAAAUGGCCUCAUCAGAGCAAGGGUCGGGCUACUCGGUGACGCCAACCCAAGGCAGAGGAUUCACUUUUCGCCAUAAUUCUAGGAAGAGCGAUGAUCUGUCGACAUCGCGACGACCAUCCUUUAAGGAUGGUCGCUCGCUAUCUGGUGGAAGCAGUCAAUAUGGACCGAAGGCAUUUAUGGCUACCAUGACAUCGACCAAUCCUCCUGGAUCGUUUAAUGCCGAUUUGAAGAGUGCGAUGCAGUCGGGGAGGACUACACCACAAAGUGAAUUGGCGUCUGUGCAAUUUUCCCGACUUCCACCAUACAAAGAUGGAGAUGUUCUCGCAACCUCGGAGAAACGCCAGGCUGCUGUGCGUGACAAGAUAGCUAAAGAGAUGAAGAUCAAGCUGGGAACUGAGAAUAUGCUGGAAGCCCUUUUGAGCAAGAAUAACAAACAGACAAAGGAGCAGCGACAGCGAGUUGAGAUGGAAUUAGGCACGUCAAACAGGAAACUCGCUGAAUUAAAGCAAGAGCUCGACCAGGAGAUCAUGCGCGCUCAAUCUCCCACAACGCCUCCCAGCAAGAGAAUGUCCAGUUAUUUCAGAGGCAGCCCCCUAAGAACUCCUCCUUCCUUAGCACAGACUCAGGAGAAUACCUUGACAGAGUCCGUCGAUAGUGAGUCUCCAACGGUUGUACUCACGGAAACCCUUCAGCAAUUAGAGGCAGACGGCAUGCAACCGGACUAUUACAUUGAACGGGCGAAUACAUUGGUCGAGCUCCUUAAGCGCAACCCUACAUUGAAAUACGAUCUGGCUUGGUCAGUCUUCAGCUUGCGUGUGCAAUUAAUGUUACUGAGCGAAAGUUCCGAUGUUGUCGCAGCAGGUUACAGGCUUACACGACAUGCCAUUGCAGAUCGCAAGUCGUUGCAGACCAUCAGAGAAUUGCACACCGAUGAGCUAGUGAUUUUGUCCCUGGUGAAACGAGAGAAGGCUGUUUUAGAACGGGAACAAGCCGUCAAAUUUGUGCGAGCUUUCCUAGAUGUCAAAGACGGGGUCCUGGAGCUCUCACGGGCUGUGGUCCGAAGCUUGGUGGCUGUUGCCGAAACUCCAGACGACAGAUUGAAGGAUAUCUGCCUCUUGACACUGGCAGAGCUCUUGACCAAACACACUGAACUUGUCGUGUCCGCCAACGGCAUUAGCACACUUACAGAAGCCUUGGCCGAUGGCUCCUUUCCAGCGCCAGAAGGUCUCGUUGCCGGGUUUCUGCAGAUCCUCGAUCACCCUCUGCAACGACGGUUUCUGCACACUGGCCGAGAGUUCGAGGCAAUGUUCGCUCCAUUCACCGACCCGUUGCUUUUGAGUGGCCACGAAGAAAGACUCAAGACAUGCGCUCAGGCCAUAUCAGCCAUGCUGAAGACAUGGCCGGGAUUUUUGCUACUAUCCAUGAACGGCGCAGCGCCGCUUCGAUCUCUUAUCGACUCCCUUGUCUACCCAAUCCCUCAGUCGCGGGACUUAGUCCUUGAGUUAUUCUUUGACAUAUUACGUAUCAAGCCUCCGUCUUGGUCAAGUUCGUUCCUGGCUGGCCGGAGACUUACAACCUACGGGCGGGUCAACACAGCACCCAUCGAGCAGCCUUCGCAGAGGCAGAUCGCAGAGUUUAACGCAGAGGGCAAAUUCGAUUUGACGUAUCACUUCUCAGCAUUUGUUCUGGCCGCCCUUGUCAAAGCUGAUCUCGUUCACGCCCUCGUCCAAUUGAUUCGGAUCGAGGAAGAUCUCAUGCUCAAACGGAAGGCUGCUCUGCUUCUAACAGAAGUAUUGAAGUUAGCCCACCACACUCUACCAGAAUCCAUCAGUGCGAAUAUACAAGUACUGGGUGAUCUAGUCCCUUCACUGCAAGAUUAUGGCUCUGAGAAUUGUGCCACGAACAUGACCUUGAUCUAUCAGAUUGAAAGCAUCAAUCGAACCUUGAACCGGACUACCGGUCCAUUAUACGGAAAAGGCGUUCGGGAAGACGAACUAGCUGUCGCACCCCAGGCCAUUGAAAGAUCAAGGUACACGGCCCUCAUGGAUUCCGAUCAAUUUCGACAAGCCAUGACCGACAGCCAGAUCACGAGUCAUUCCCAGUAUGUCAAGUGGAAAUGGGACCUAAUACACAACCUCGUAGAAGGACCGUUGACCAAUCCAAAGAGAUUGGAAGACGCCAUCAGAUCACCCAAAUUCCUCAAGCGGCUUGUUGGCUUCUAUCGCCCGUUCAAGUACAGAUUCUCUAUAAUUCGAAACACAAGACCCAAUCAGCGCUACGUCCGAACAGGAUGUGCUCUCAUGAAAACUCUCACGCAAACCAGUCUUGGAUUAGAGUAUCUGACCGAGAAUAAGCUUCUACGGCAGAUUGCGGAAUGCCUGGCCCAGGUUUCUCCUCACAGUGGCAUCACAUCUGCGAGUCCGCUAUUUGACCGCCAACACAUGGCCGAGACGCUCAGUGGCGGAUAUUUCGCUCUCAUUGGCGCGUUGAGCCAGUCCUCGGAAGGCCUACGAAUGAUGGAACGAUGGCACAUCAUGGACAUAUUCUAUCACCUGGUCAAACUCAGAGAUCGGGAUGAUCUGGUGAAAGCUCUCCUUGGUAACAUGGACUAUACCCUGGAUUCUCAUUUACGAGUCAUCCUGUCAAAAGCUCUCACGUCAGGAGUUAAAGACAUACGAAUCUUUGCCACCAGAUUGCUUCGGCGGUAUGCCGUGGGCAGGGUGCAGUAUUCGUCUGGACUGCAAGAUCGCUCUAGUUCACACUGGGCCCUUCGGCUCGUGCUUACACAAUUAUACGACCCUGACAUCGGAGUCUGCGAAAUUGCCGUGAAAAUACUGGAAGAAGCUUGUAACCAGCGGAGUCAUCUUGAAUAUGUCGUCAAAUGCAGGCCGUCGCUAGAUCAUCUGGGCGAGCUUGGUGCACCGCUCUUACUACGAUUUCUGUCAACUUCAGUGGGCUACCGGUACCUUAGCGGGCUGGACUAUAUCACUCAGGAAAUGGAUGACUGGUUCUUGGGACGAAACGACGCCUACGUUGCGUUGGUAGAGGCAUCUAUCCUGCGGGCUUACCUGGAGGGAGCGCCGCACAAAACACACUUCUCGGUAGACCCUGCGCUCGACCCUAAUGAACCCGGCGUCGCUCCGCCUCACUUCUACCGCGAACUUGCACGGACCCAGGAAGGUUGCAAGCUGUUACGACAAUCGGGACAUUUCUACGAAUUUGCGUCGACCAUCAGAGAUUUUCGACUAGAUGAAGAAGAUCCAGAAUGUCUAACCAAAGUCAAAGGAUGUAUGUGGGCAGUUGGGAACAUUGGCUCCAUGGAUCUCGGCGCACCAUUCUUGGAAGAAGGCGACGUCGUGACAGCUAUUGUUCGCAUUGCAGAAGGUGCGCAGGUGUUGUCCAUGCGAGGGACGGCGUGUUUUGUGCUGGGCUUAAUCUCCCGGACCCUGCACGGAUUCGAGAUGCUUGCGGAAAGUGGCUGGGAUACAACAGUUGACCAUCGAGGACGUUCAUUAGGCCUCUGCUUGCCUCGCAACCUCGAGGUCCUGUGUCUGAAAUCUGUUGGUUCUAAUGUUCCUCUGAACGUCUCAACGCCAGAAGAAGAUGCCAAGUACAAGGCUGCUGUGACUGACGACGACACCAUCCGCGCUAAGAUUCUCAAGCACAUCGUUGAGAUGGGCAACUCAGUGAUGUACAAGAAAGCGGCUGGCGACCUCCAUACCCUAAGGGUGAAGCAACCCACUUAUUUUGCCGAAACGGAAAUGUUCAAGAGAACCCUUGUCAUUCUUGAAAGUCACCAUUAUCGCCUUCAAGCAAGGCAUUAUAUCUUGAAUCUCUUCAACAAGGGACUGAUGCGACGAAUCAUCCUCGACGAAGAAAUGGAGGAGAAUGACACUACUGGUUCGGAUACCGGAUGAGAGGUCUCGACCGGCCCUUCUAUGGGUCGUCUUUGAUAUUCUCGUGGCGCAUACAACGUCGCCUACCACGCGAGGCUCUGUGCUGAAGCCUUGUACAAGUAUCACGAAGGGGAUCAAUUCUAUCUGUGCAUGGGCCCAAGAUGUCGCGUGGCAGACCGGCGAGGCGGAGUAAGAAGGUGGACAAUUAGGUUUUGUUGUCUGCUUCGACAGGCGACGAGCAUAUGGGACGUGGACAUGAAAACGACUGCAAUUUUGCCUUCUAGGGCAAGCUUCUGGAAGGUCUUUGAGGGUACCAUGGUGUUGUGGCGUUGCAUCUGUGGUUCAACGCACGCCACUGGAUUGACUGGGAGAGGAGAGUUUGUACCAGCUUGGAGCAGAUGUCUGGCGCCAAUGAGAUCGAAUACAGUACUCCUAACAGGGUCCAGGCGUCAAGUGUAUGAUCAUUACGUGCCAAAGUAAGUGUCAUACACUGGAGAAGAACAGUUAAACUCGCGAGCCUCGUGGCCUGUUCAAGCCUUGUUUUAGAAAUGGAGCCGUCAUCGUCUGGUCCAUCCGCAUCACGUG